AUGGGCAAAGUAACAUGGCACAACACGGGCGUCGACCUUGGCAGUGACCACUACAUCCUCGAAAUUACGAUACCCAACCAAUUACGGAGCAAUACCAUUAUACACAAGUGGACGAACUGGGAUAAAUUCCGUAAGGGGCGCCUCACCACAGCACAAGACAUCACAGAGGUCGAAGCCUGGACGGCGGAGCUCCGCGACGCAGUGCGCUCAGUCACAAAGACCAUAGAAUCCGACGAGGACGUCAUCAUCAUGGACAGCCGCCUGGCCCAUCUGAUAGAGGCCAAACAUUCGAUGCAGGCGCGAUGGAAGCAGCACCGGCUGUAUCGCAAAUUGAGGAAGAAGGUGGCGGACUUAAACAGGGCCAUUGAACAACAUUGCAUGGUCCUGUGGCGUCAACAGUGGAACGAAAUCUGCAACCGAGCUGACAGGGAACUGCAUCGCAGUUGUACAUGGAACAUAUUUCGGCACCUCCUAGACGAAACAAAGACUAAGUCAUACCAGCGCGACCACCUGGCCCGCCUCAUGCACACCAUCACACAACAACAAGGAAAAGACGCUGUUAUCAGUAACCUGGAAGCCAAGUAUCUGCCAGACACGCCUACGGAAACCCACCCGCCGUACGGGGGGCUGCCCAAAGCGUGGCUCGACCGAGACAUUACCAUAUCAGAGGUACGCAUAGCGCUGUACGAGCUCAACACCCACUCAGCAGCCAGCCCAGAUCUCGUUACAAACAAGAUGCUACGCAACCUGGACGAUGUUUCGAUAGAGGCCCUAACCCAUUACUUCAAUGAAUGCUGGCAUUCGGGCAAGCUACCCCGACAGUGGAAAACGGCAAGAACGAUCCUGAUACCGAGACCGGGCAAACCACUGGACAUCGGCAACCUGCGUCCCAUCUCGCUGACGUCCUGCGUGGUUCCCAAGAUCAUGGUCUUGGGCCUGCUGCUCAACAAGAGCGGCCGCAACGAAGAGACCAUCAGCAAGCUUACAACCAAGGCAAUGGACGCCAUCCGGCUCAUACACCGAGUGUCUACACGACGGGCGGGCAUGCGUGAAGACAGUCUCGUGUGCCUUGUCCAGUGGUUCGUGAUCAGUCACAUCGGCUACGUUGCGGCCUACCUCAACUGGCACGUCACUGACAGGACCAAGAUCAACACGGUGAUCAGACGUGCUUACAAGACGGCUCUGGGUUUAAUGGAGACCACGAGUACGGCUCGGCUCUCGCAGCUCGGCGUCCAUAACACCCUAGAAGAAAUAGCCGAGGCGCAGCUCACCGCGCAAUUCGAGCGCCUCUCUACUACCAAGACGGGCCGCAGUAUACUGACGUCCCUGGAUUACAACCCCCAAGCUCCGAGCCGGCAACCAUGCGAGAUCACAGAUAAGGCGUGGGCCCACAUUUACGUGGACCCCAUCCCGAAGAACAUGAACCCAGAGUACAACCAAGAACGGCGGCAGGUGCGGACCAAGGCCCUCACCGAACAACACGCCCAAGACCCGCCCGCCCGGUACGUGGAAGCCGCGGAAUACAAGCGGGAAGGCUUCGCGGCAGUGGUCGUUGCGGCGGCUACCGGCACCAAGACAACGGCAGGGAGCGUGCGGUUCACGAACGCCACAGACGCUGAGGAGGUUGCCAUCGCUCUGGCGAUCACCGAGGCCGAGUGUCGCACCGUGCUCAGCGACUCGAGGAAUGCCAUGCGCAACUUUGCCAAGGGGCGAGAAUGCGCGCUGGCGGCCGCCAUCAUCGGCAAGCUCCAACUUCAUUACCGCGGCAGCAUCGUCCGUAUCAGAUGGUUCCCGGCACACGCCGCGGGUCCGGCGGACCAAUGGCACAUCCUGUGGGACUGUAGGUUCCCGAUGGCAGCUACCUCCAGGACUUACCCACCCGAACUUCAAAGUGCACUGCAGUCUGCAGACAAGGACUCACAACUAUGGGCCGUGCAGCAGGCCCAGGAAGAUAAGAAAGAAGAAGAACACGGCGGAAUCCAUCGAACGACGUACCAGGCAUUCCUGAACGCCACUCAGCCUGAAAACGUCAUGUCGCAAGGUGCAGAGUCAGAAGACGCUCUCCGAAGGAAAAACAAGCCGCCGCGCGGACGACGGCUUUCGGCUUCUCGGCUGCCGGCGACGACUUCCGUUUCGUGCACAGAUCUCGUGCCAGACUCCAGGACGGACCUUCGUCCAGUUGAGAGUCUCAAGCGCGCCGCCGAAGUAGGCCUCUCGCAAGAGCCGGCAUCCGAUAAUGCCAAACCAGAACCAGCAAGUACGAGGCCCGAGAAGUUGAGAAGGCCAUCCAAGGGCGGUUCCGAAACGGACUCCCGACUGUCACGACGGAGCAAGAGCAGUAGCGGGAUCCAGGGCCGCACAAUCAAGCCGAGCUCCCAACCAGAGGCCUUUUCGGACACCAGCAGUGUCGCCCCUGCGGCGCCGGCGCCGGUCAAGGAAUGCGACACCGUCGUCUCCACUGCAUCAUCGUCGGAGGCAAAUAGACCGAGUAAAACAAACCUGCGGGACGCCAAUGACCAUUCCUUCCGCCAGGAUACGCUGAAAGGCUCUCGCCCACGUCCAACACCCCGUGAGGUGUCCGGUGCCAGUAACCUCCAUGCGGACCUCGUCAUACCGCAACCGCCUCCCGAAGACGGCAGCAUGGGCCAAGGUCAGCCGCCUGAAUCAGUCCGCACUGUCCCCGCCCGCACGUCAGAUUCGAAGACAAGUGCAAAAACCGCGGUUCCAGCUCAACCACGGCCCGGCGUGCCCGGGCACUCAAUCAGUCAGCGCCCGUCAAAUCAAGUAGCGUCGGCGCCCUAUGAAUGGCUCAGCCCGAUCUUGCUCACGUCUGCACGCACGAAUCCGGACCCGAGCGUCGCCUCUCUCGUGGGACUCCAGGGCAAGGCAGAAGGCUCGCAGUCGAAGUCACGGACUGCUUUAAGCCCUAGGCUUCUCGCCUUGGCUUCAAUCCUGCGGAGUACACGGAGCACCACCAGCGGCUACGGACAUUUCUUCGGUCGAGCAGCAUUUGCCAUCUUCGCGUCACUUGCACUAAUCUUGAUGGUCGUCGUGGCUAUCGCACUGGUGCUUAUGGCCACGAACCAACCAACCGUCAAAGAUUUGUGCAUCACGGAAGACUGUCACGUUCAUGCAGCACUGCUCCACAACGCACUAAACGAAAGCAUCGAUGCCUGUGAAGACUUUCGUGCUCACGUAUGUUCCAAAUGGUCCCCACCUGGUGAGAGGAAGCAGUUGCGAGACUUUGACACGUCCGUCAUGGAAGACAUGGUGUUUUCUUGGUUAUUCGGCUUGGAGGAGACUCUACGGGAAGGCGCGAGAAAGUUCCCCGUUGGCCACAAAGCAUUAUACAUGUUCCAAUCCUGCAUGAGCGGCCCCUCUGAAUACGGUUCAACGAUGAAUGAAUUUCGCAUGUUUAUCCAACAACUCGGUUUGUCCUGGCCAGAACAACCAACGCAGCAUAUCGAUGCCCUGGAGGUGCUCCUCAGGUUAGCUUACGAUUGGCACAUCGAAUUCUGGUUCACCUUGCAGAUACUCAAGUAUGGUGUAGGGACAAGAGACUUCUGGCGACUCUCUCUGGAACCCGCUCCACAGCUGCCCUUCUACCUCCAACACCACCGCAGCGUCAUCAACUCUGGGGGAUACUACGAGUACUGGAGCCAGUUCUAUACGGCAUUCACCAGCACUAACCCUAUCGACAGUGCGCGGCGAGCCACAGAGGCCGCCCGCCUAGAAGGCGACAUCCUCGAGGCCCUCAACCAAGCCCUUCAUGUGUCUCCAAAAAAAGCGGUGACAUUCCCCCUUGGAGAAAUGGAAGUUUACACACCGAGCGUACAGUCGGUCCGUUGGAUAGAACGUUUACAGAACGUAACUGACAUUAAACCCACGCUGAAGCAUCAGGAUGAUGUUGUAGUCAGCAAUGUGAAGUUCCUGCUCACUGUGGGGGAAGUUUUCGGCAACUACUCGAACCAGCAAAUUCUGGAAUUUCUUUCAUGGCAGUUCGUUGAGCACUACGGUCCAGUUGCCGACAGCCGCCUACUGUUGACGCGGUACGGAGACCAGACGAUAGCCGAUACACUGAGACCAGCAUUUUGCGCAUUUCACAUAGAAGUGGCGUACAAGGCCGUGUUACUGCCAAUGCAGUUUGCGCUCAGAAUAACGAAGGAACACAGGCUGCAGAUAUACCGAGGAUUUCGACGCUUGAGGUUGAAGGCCGUGCACUUUGUGAACUCGUCCGAUUGGCUGGACUCGGAGAGCAAGGAUUCAAUGGCAGCGAAGCUUAGCACACUUGAGCUGGCGGUGUGGCCUCCGGCAGAGUACUUAACCAACGAAAGCCUCGAAGAGAUUUUCAAGACUUACCCCGAACAUGAGCAAACGUUCGGCAGCUACUGGAUCAAGUCAAUUCAGAGUCUGCGCACCGCCAAAAGGGAUUCUGCCUACAAAUAUAUGCAAGGGCUGCCACUGAACUACGCACAGCCCUAUUUCAUAUACGACUAUUUUAUGAACAGCGUUCGCGUGGCCAUUGGCGCCGUCAGCCGUCCACUGUACUACAGCGAGGGCACACGUGCCAUGUUCUACGGCGGCAUAGGGUUCUCCUUGGCGUUUGAACUGGUCAAAGCACUCGACCGAGAGGGCCUCCGCUGGUCUAGGUAUGGUGGAGUGGUCACCUCAAUCAUCAGCGCAAACUCGAAGGCGGCUUUUGAUGAGAGAGACAACUGCCUCAGCAACAGCGAUGAACGCGACCACAGCUUGUUUCCAGAGAUUCCGGCACUGGAGAUUGCCUACUCCGCGUUUGUGGAUGCUACAAAGGAAGCUGAGAAAGAACUCUCCAUCAGUGCCGAUUUCUCGGAAACACAGGUGUUCUUUCUGACAAUGUGCUAUAUGACAUGCAGUGUGAAAGGUGUCGUUCAUCCCUUCUCGGCGAAUUGCAACAAACUUGUGCGGAAUUCCUUGGCUUUCGCAAGCGCCUUUAGCUGCCCGCUGGGAUCCAAGAUGAAUCCAUUGAAGAAGUGCACUCUCUUCCGAUAGGUAAAAGGGUGCCCCGAACAACACUGUCAAUUACUGUCGCCGUAAAUGAUUAUUCACAGCUUUUCAGCAGCAUAUUUUGAAGUACUGAGAGCCACAUUCCGGUCGAUGUCACUUGCGCUUCACUCUUUUGUGGGUUUAAUGCUUUUGGUGAAAUCAAAACGCUCAUCACAGUAACAAGGACUGGUUUCAAACCAUGCAAUGUUUUUGAGUUAUUACGAAGUGUUAAGUUGUGUAUGCAUCUGCACUAGGUACUUUAAAGGUGUCACUUAUAUUUA